UAAAUUUUUCUAUGUAUCCUACAUAUCUUAAACUGUAGUAGACAUUUGCACUUGCUGCCAGAAUUGUAGCUUUUCUAAAGUUGUCUUUUAAAGUAGUUAUUCUGUAAUUUUGCUUGAUUUUAAAUAUUUCUUUCAAGUACAGUUUAGCUUUGUUAGUAAAGCUUAUUUAAAAUUGCUUUCAAGAGGUGUUUGAUAACUGAUCUAAAUUGAUCUUUCAAAACAGCAGUCCUGCAUGAUACAUUUGUUCCUGAGAUUGCUGGGUUACUUUAAGCAAUUUAUCUUUUCAAUACAUACAUUGAAAAGAUGUUUUUCUCACUUGGAUAAUUUUUCUGGAAGCUUUCUGGAAACGAUAUUUAUCUAAUGUUCCUCUCAUAUUUUGCCUGAAGUUGGAAACAUCAUUUCUGAAAUGUAUUUUUUUUCUGUUUUAGGCCUGCAAUAAUGAAUCAUCCUACUUUUAACAAAGAUCUCAUACUUUUACCAAGAUCCACAUGGAAGAACAUCUGUAAACACAAAACAAAGAGAAGGCUUCAUGAAGGUGGAUGCAUUAUUAGUGCCUUUGAGAUAAACAAGUCAUGGGACUACAAGACGGUCAUUUUUGAGAUUAAGGAGGCCUUUAAGGACAAAAUUCCUGAUGAUACAAGUGUUGAACUUUUGAUGCCAUGUGGCAGCAAUCUUGUGCAACCAAGGUUGCGUGACGGUCAAGAACUCAAUGGCUUCAUGAUUCAUAAGAUAUUCAGGGCAAAGUCAAUGUACAUUAGACCAUCAACCGAUCUUCCUCUUUCGUUUGAACACACAGACUCUGAGGAAAGCUCUAUGGAGUUGGAUGCCGCAUCAACUUCCAGUCAUCAUAGCACUAACAUUCCUAGUCAGAGAAGUGAUGACAUGAACACAACAGCUAGAGGAAACCUGAAUUCAUUAACACAGGAUUCAAAUUACCCACCAACCAGAAGGACUACAAUUAUCCAGUCCUCUGAAAUACCACCAGAGUCCACAGAUAGCCUGACCUCAGCCAACCAGCUCUCUGCAGCCCAACCAGAGACUAUUGAUAGUGUGUCCACAGUGCACCAAACAUCUGACUCUUGUGACAACUAUGCCACCUACAUUUCAUUAAUGAGCUCCAUCUCUGACCUGUCUUCCGAUGAGGAGGAAUUAAAUCUGGCGAUAAUGGCCAGUCUUCAGAAUGAUGUGGUUUCAGAUGAUCCAAAUGCAAGAUCAGCAAAAGAGAUUCUUCUUGAACUUGCAUCUCAGAUUGAUGCUAGCCAAAGAUGCCGAUUUAAUAUUAACAGGUCUUCAGUACUGGAUGGAGCUCUGCGAGGCUUCAGACGACUCUCCUACAAUCCCAGGUACCAGAUGUGCAUCAAGUUUUCCGAUGACUUAGGAUUACAUGAAGAGGCUGUGGAUCUUGGUGGUCCAAAAAGAGAGUUUUUGCAUCUGUUAAUGGAAGCCAUAGCACAGUCACCAAUGUUUGAAGGACGAGAUGGAAACCUGAACUUAGCUCUCAACAGUUCAGCUCUCCGAGAGGAUCGGUAUUUUUUUGCUGGGCAAGCCAUUGCUGUAAGUCUGGUUAACGGGGGUCCUCCACCAGGUUUCUUCUCCUCAGCUCUGUAUUCUCGACUCAUUGGUGGUAGCUCUGCUGUGAAGCCUGUGUUAAAUGACAUUGCUGAUAACGACCUCCAUGAUAAGAUUCAAAAGGUGUCAGAGUGCACAUCUGUCGAAGAGCUCAUAAAGGCCACUGAACCACUGCACGACUAUCUUGCAAAUUCAGGAUGUCUCAGGCAACUCAAAACCAUCAAUGACAAAGAUCUCCUGGUUCAGGAUAUUCUCAUGUUUCAAGUAGUCCAUAGAGUGACUGGAGCAUUUGAAAGAUUUAGGGAUGGACUGAAGACUCUGGGUGUACUGGAUGCAAUCACAACGUACCCAGAAAGUUUUAAACCCUUAAUGUGUUGUGAGCCACCCCCUCUCACUGCUGAAAUAAUGGAUCAACUUUUCAACAUAUCUCUGUCUUCUGUGGGAAGCAACAAAAGAAGAGCAGAGGAACGCAUAAUUCCAUUUUGGAGAGAUUACCUUCAAGAUGUCGAAGAACAAGAAGGACCGUCCAAACUUGGCAAAAUACUUGCCUUUGCAACAGGUGCAACUGUCAUUCCUCCAGUUGGGUUUUCUCCCCAGCCUUCAAUUGAAUUUUUGCAUGAGCAGUCCAUCCAUCCAAGUCGGCAACUACCUAUGGCUAACACCUGCAUCAACUGCCUAAAACUGCCAAUGCUGGAAACAUAUCAUCACUUCAAAGAAAGUAUGGAUUUUGCAUUAGAAAACACACACGGUUUUGGGAGAGAAUGAUUUUUUUUUCCCCCUCUAUGUCUUAAGAAUGUUUUAGUAAAGAUGGAGUUCCUUGUUCAUUUGCAGAAGCAGUAUUUGUGAACUACCUCUUGAGCAUGUUUUUUGGAUUCUGACCAAUUACGGGAUUUACAUCUGACACUAUUAGACUGUUGUCACACUGAAUGUUUUUGAACUUCAAUAUUCGACAAAAGUUAGUGAAGAAUGUUUGUAAACAUUUUUUAUUUCAAUGUAACAAUGUUUCCAGAACGUUUAACAAAUACAAUUCCAAUAAUGGAGCAGUUCUAAAUAUAUUUCACAACACAACGUUAAUAAUAACACAAGGAAAUGUUUUUCUUUUUGUAACACACAUCUAACAUUUCAACUCUUUGACUUUGUCAUAACCAAUGUAUGUUACUGUUCUUUCAAGAAAUUUAACAAAUCUAAAAACAGUUCAAUACCAUGAUUGCCGUCCUCUCUUAAUGGGUCAAUAUUGUGGUGAAUUGUGUUCAUUAGUGUUGAAUUAACAUUAAACAUGUUCACAGGAACGACAAUGUUGUUUUGUGUUUCUGAAAGUGAGGGGAUUUCAUUCAUUUCCAUUGUGUCAUUCAUUUCUAUGGUGUCAUUCACAGAAAAAAUGUCUCGAAUUGCCUCUGAGAAGCCACUUGUAAGAACUCCUCCCUGCCACAGUUGGAGAGGUGUUUGUCCCCUUUGGGUAGAUAAGCCAUGGUUAUUCCAUUGAUUCCGGAACUCUGCAGUUGCUCUUUGAACUCUUGGCAAGUAGAUGAAGUGGAGACAAAACAGAUGAAGUUCAUCUGUGGAAUCAAGUAUUCCUUCAUUUUCCAUGAAGGUGAAGAGAUUGCUGAAGUGGUAUGCAACAACUCUGUUCAGCUCAGCCCACAGGCGUUCUAUCCGCUGAUUGUGGACACUGCGUCCAGUAAUGACACUCCCACUGUUCAAUCCCCUUCUCUGAAUCAUAUACCGAGCAACAUCUGUGUUCUCCAUCCCAUGAUCACAUCGAAUUCUUCGGGGUAGUCCAAAACUCUGGACACCAGCAUGGAAUAAUUGUAGCACACUGGAGGCUCGGUUGUUGUCAAGACAUUGCAAGUAUAUAAUUGCCCGACUGAAACCAUCAAUGCAUCCAUGAAAAACCAUUCUCCAUCUCACCAGUUUAUGGUUUCCAUCAAUGUGCCUUUAGAGAAAAAAAAAUGUAAUUAAUAUUAAAACUCUUUUUGGUCAAGUUUGAUGAAUUUAAAUCGCAUCCAUCUAAUGACUUGUUUAACUCUUAAACAUUUUAUUCAUGUAUGAAU